AACGGAUCAUGUUGGUUUUUACGUGAUGUACCUGAAGGUGGCGCUUUGUGUUUCUGUUUCAGAUCCGAGAAGCUGUAGAAGAGGAGCUGCUGAUGUGUCACACGAAGCAGUAUGUUGAUGUGAUGAGAUCCACUCAGACGAUGACAGAAAGUGAACUUCAGACUCUGUCUGAGAGAUACGACUCUGUGUACAUUCAUCCUGAGUCGUUCGGGGUGUGUGUGUCUGCGGUGGGUUCUGUCCUCCAGCUCGUCGAUAUGGUCAUGAAGUCUGAGCUCAGGAACGGAUUUGCUGUCAUCAGACCGCCAGGUCAUCACGCUCAGGCUAACGAGGCCAACGGCUUCUGUCUUUUCAACAAUGUGGCAAUUGCAGCUCGAUACGCUCAGAGCAGACACGCCGUGCGCAGGGUGCUGAUAGUGGACUGGGAUGUUCAUCAUGGUCAGGGAAUCCAGUACCAGUUCCAGGAGGACCCUAGUGUCCUGUACUUCAGUGUCCACAGGUACGAGCAGGGAUCUUUCUGGCCCCACCUGUCAGAGUCUGACUGUCAGUUUGUUGGCAGCGGACGAGCUCAAGGAAAAAACAUCAACCUGCCCUGGAACAAA